ACGACCGGAAGUUUCUGUCCGCGGCCCUUCAGAGAUAGGGGAUCGCUGCGGCGAUGGCCGGGGAUCCCAGCUGCGGAGGCGCUGGGGCUUAGGAGGCAUUGGGCCUGUUAAGGGAGACCCAAGCGGCGGGACGUAGGCGGAGCCCCGACCUGAUCUGGGCCACCCUCCUCCUCGCGGCCCGCCUCUUCACCCCACCCCAACUUGGGGCUGAAGUGGUUCCUUCCCCUGAAGCGAGCCCGGUCCCUUCUCAGGCACUGACCCUUGACCUCAGGGCGCUCCCCCAUCUCCCAGGCGUGAUGGCUACGGGCGCGGAUGUGCGGGACAUUCUAGAACUCGGAGGUCCAGAGGGGGAUGCAGCCUCUGGGACCAUCAGCAAGAAGGACAUUAUCAAUCCGGACAAGGUGCUGGUUCAGGGAUGGAGCUGGGCUAGAGAAUUUUCAGGGAAGGCAGUCUAGGCUGUGGUUCCUUUCCUAUGGUUUCCCUCCUCAGAAAAAGUCCAAGAAGUCCUCUGAGACACUGACCUUCAAGAGGCCUGAGGGCAUGCACCGGGAGGUCUAUGCACUGCUCUACUCUGACAAGAAGGAUGCGCCCCCACUGCUACCCAGUGACACUGGUCAAGGCUACCGUACAGUGAAAGCCAAGUUGGGCUCCAAGAAGGUGCGGCCCUGGAAGUGGAUGCCAUUCACCAACCCAGCCCGCAAGGAUGGUGCUAUGUUCUUCCACUGGCGACGAGCAGCUGAGGAGGGCAAGGACUACCCCUUCGCUAGGUUCAAUAAGACUGUGCAGGUGCCCGUGUAUUCAGAGCAGGAGUACCAGCUCUAUCUUCAUGAUGAUGCUUGGACUAAGGCAGAAACUGACCACCUCUUUGACCUCAGCCGCCGCUUUGACCUACGUUUUGUAGUUAUCCAUGACCGGUAUGACCACCAGCAAUUCAAGAAGCGUUCUGUGGAGGACUUGAAGGAGCGGUACUACCACAUCUGUGCCAAGCUUGCCAAUGUGCGGGCUGUGCCAGGCACAGACCUCAAGAUACCAGUGUUUGAUGCUGGGCACGAGCGACGGCGGAAGGAACAGCUGGAGCGUCUGUACAACCGGACUCCAGAGCAGGUGGCGGAAGAGGAAUACCUGCUACAGGAGCUGCGCAAGAUCGAGGCCCGGAAGAAGGAGCGGGAGAAGCGCAGUCAGGACCUGCAGAAGCUGAUAACUGCGGCCGACACCACUGCAGAGCAGCGGCGCACGGAACGCAAGGCCCCCAAGAAGAAGCUACCCCAGAAAAAGGAGGCAGAGAAGCCGGCUGUUCCUGAGACUGCAGGCAUCAAGUUUCCGGACUUCAAGUCUGCAGGUGUCACACUGAGGAGCCAGAGGAUGAAGCUGCCUAGCUCUGUGGGACAGAAGAAGAUCAAGGCCUUGGAACAGAUGCUGCUGGAACUUGGUGUGGAGCUAAGCCCGACACCCACAGAGGAGCUGGUGCACAUGUUCAAUGAGCUGCGGAGUGACCUGGUGCUGCUCUAUGAGCUCAAGCAGGCCUGCGCCAACUGCGAGUAUGAGCUGCAGAUGCUGCGGCACCGACACGAGGCGCUGGCCCGGGCUGGCGGGCUGGGGGGCUCCAGUGUGCCAGCCUCGGGCCCAGCCCCGGCCUCUGCUGAACCAGUGGGAUCUGAACCUGGUCUCGGCCCUGACCCCACCAAGGACACCAUCAUCGAUGUGGUGGGCGCACCCCUCACGCCCAACUCGAGGAAGCGACGGGAAUCAGCCUCCAGCUCCUCUUCUGUGAAGAAAGCCAAGAAGCCGUGAGAGGCCACGUGGGGUGGGGAUGCUGCUGCUGUGUGAAUAGAGCUGCUGAGUUGGA